UCCUCCAGUUAUUAUUUGCGAGCCUCCUUGAAAUAGUGGCUUCAGUGAUAGAGUGGCAGUUCAAAAAUAUGAAUUUAGUGAGAGUUCUUAUAUGUUUUACCAUCUGUGCUACGGCUUUCGCUGCUCCUCAGCAGAGGAAUGACGAAGAGCCGGAAGAUCUGUUGCAACUUGCUACGAGCUGUGAUCCAACGAUAUGCAUACCACCCAAUUGCCGCUGCUCGCUAACAACCCUCGAUGAAAGCAUUCCAGUGGAACAAACUCCGCAGCUGGUCAUGCUGACCUUCGAUGAUGCUGUUACAGCUCUAAACUAUGAGUACAUCGAGGAGGCUCUUGGGGGUCGUCGAAAUCCCGACAAUUGCCCCGUUGCUGCUACAUUCUUUGUCUCCCACGAAUAUACCGACUACUCAAAGGUCCAUGCUCUUUGGGCAUCAGGUCAUGAGAUUGCACUCCAUUCCAUAACUCACACUCCUUCCACGGAAUACUGGAAGACAGCGUCAGUUGACACUCAGAUUCAAGAAUUUGGUGAUCAACGCGACACCCUGGCACAUUUUGCCCAGAUCAACCGGGACGAUAUUGUAGGAGUCAGAGUACCCCACCUUCAACUCUCUGGUAACAACAGUUUCGAAGCCAUCAGACGAUUUGGUGGACUGUAUGAUUGCUCCUGGCCUACACAGCACUUUGUGGGUCCUGGAAUGUGGCCAUUCACCCUUGACUACGCCUCAACUAUGGACUGCACAGUAGGAAGUUGCCCUACAGCGUCAAUCCCUGGAGUCUGGGUAGUUCCCAUGAUUGGCUGGAUCGACACUGAUGGAUAUAAAUGUGCAAUGGUGGAUACCUGCCCAAAUCUGCCUGCAGAUGACGUCGAAGAGACCUUUGAAUGGAUGAAGGAAAAUUUCGAAAGGAUCUACAACUCCAACAGAGCACCUUUUGGAGUUUUCCUGCACAGUGCUUGGUUCCUCACUCGACCCAGCAAUUUCCCAGCUUACAAAAAGUUUAUUGAAUAUAUGAACUCCCUGCCUGACGUAUAUUUGGUGAGUGUGUCCCGAGCUGUGGAAUUCACAAAAGAUCCAAGAGCUGUGACGGGAACCGGUGCUGUUCCACCAGAUAAUCCUUCCCAAUCAGAAGAAGUAGAAGAACCACAACCGGAGCCAGAGCCUCAGCCUGAUCCUCAGCCUGAACCUGAAUCCGAGUCCCAACCUGACUCUGCUCAGGAACAUGAAUUGGAGACCGAAGAAGAAUUUGAACCAGAAAGUGAGGAAAAUCUGGACAUCAGUGUUGAACCCCGAAGACGCUUCCGAAGACAAGCUCGUCCUAAUACCGCUUUUGACGAAUGCCAAGUAGUGCAUGAAAACACCUGCAUUCCAAAAGUGUGUCAACUCACAAAGACAUCGACUGGUGAGGAACGCUGGAUGACAACCUGUGCUCCCUGUCCUGCCGUCUAUCCCUGGCUAGGCAAUCCCCUUGGACUUGCUGAGGUACCAGAGUCCGAGGAAAAUGAUGAAGAAUGAGAUUUGUUGGAAAAUUUUCCCCUUUUCAGCAACGGUAGAUCACCAUCAAAAUGAUCAAUAAAGAAUAUCAGAGAA